AUGAGACAAUCAGGCGCUGAUUUCACUUACUCCACUGCUCCAAUCGCCAAGGUCAGGCGUGUGGAAUUUGGGUUGAUGAGUCAUGAGCUCAUUAAGGAAUGGACAGGAGACAUAGAAAUAAAGGAGCUACAGACGAACGAGCUUGAUGGAACGCCAAAAUAAAAUGGUUUAAACGACCUUCGAAUGGGUGUGAAUACGAAUGCUUAGAAAUGCAAGACAUGUGGAGAGACGAAGUAUUGCCAGGGCCAUUUUGGAAGAAUUGAACUGAAUAAGCCAGUAUACCAUGUGGGGUUCUUGCAGAUAGUGAAGAAGGUAUUGAAGUGCAUAUGCCACAGUUGUGGUAAAUUGAGACAGCCACAAUCAGAAGAUGCUUGGUAAUCCUUUUAGAAGGCCAAGGAACAUAGAUUGAAUCGCAAGAGAUUGAACGAAAUAGUGAAAUUGUUGGGUAGGAUAGAGAAAUGCGAGACUAGCAAGCACAAGUAGGAGGAGAAUCAGGGGAAUGACGACUUUUGUGGAGAGAAAAUUCCUACUAGAAUUUAAGCCAUAAAUGGAUAAAUAAAAAUUUAAUAUAACACCAAAGAGGCUGCAAAGGAAUUGACAGCGGAGAGAUGUUUGGAGAUAUUCAAGAAGAUCAGAGACGAGGAUGCAAUCAUAUUGGGAUUCACAAAAGAUUCACGACCUCGAGACUUGAUAAUAAAAUUCUUAUUAGUGAUGCCACCCUAGGUGAGACCAGCUAUCGAGAUGAAUCCAGCGAGAAUAGCCCAAGAUCAAUAUACCCAAAUUUACAAAUCCAUAUUACAGAAGAACAACGAAAUCGCCAAUUGCAGUAGUGAUGCUGAGAGAGUAAGAUUGGCUCCAGAGUUGAUGAGAGAAGUGGCCAAGAUCAUAGAUUCGGAGAAGGCUGGGAAGAUAAAGAUGAAAUCCACUUAGCCAUUGAAGAGUAUCAGAGCAAGAUUGAAGGGUAAGGAAGGUAGAUUUAGACAGAACUUGAUGGGUAAGAGAGUAGAUUUCUGUGCUCGUUCAGUCAUAUCUCCGGAUGCAAAUUUGGGGAUGGAUGAGUUGGGAGUGCCUCAGAUAGUGGCAGAUCAAUUGACAAUUCCUGAGGAGGUGACAGAGUACAAUUUGGAGAGAGUAAUUUAAUUGGCCAAGACGAACAAGAUCAAAUAUGUGAUAGUGCCCAUAACAGACCCAAGGAGCAAAUAGAGGAAGUUUUAGGCUUUGUAUUUUGAUUUCACAGACACUGAGGAUUAGAUUAGAUAGAAGAUCAAUCAGGGAGUCAUAGUGGAGAGAUGUUUGUAGGAUGGUGAUUUCGUGUUAUUCAACAGACAACCCACUCUACAUAGAAUGAGUAUGAUGGGACAUAGAGUCAGGAUCCUCCCUUAUUCUACAUUUAGAUUGAAUUUGUCUGUGUGUACUCCAUACAAUGCAGAUUUCGAUGGAGAUGAAAUGAAUAUGCAUGUUCCUCAAUCAUAUGAAACAAUAGCAGAAUUGAAAUACUUGGCCCACGUUCCAAGAUAGAUUGUAACACCGAAGAGUAAUCAACCAGUCAUGGGUAUUGUGCAGGAUUCUUUGCUUGGAUGUUGUUUGUUCACUUAGAGAGAUACAUUCUUGACUAGAGAUUAAGUUAUGCAUUUGAUGAUGUGGAAUGAGUAAUUCACUGGAGAAUUGCCUAUGCCUGCUAUAUUGAAACCUUAGGAAUUGUGGACAGGGAAGUAGAUCAUGUCUAUGAUUAUUCCGCAGUCGAUCAACACUGAAAGAGGUAUCAGAGAAGAUGAUCUCAGGAAACCCAAUUGGAAUGCGGAUGACAAGAGUUUGUGUAUUCAGAGAGGUAGUUUGGUGAGUGGAAUUUUCAAUAAGGAAUUGGUGGGAUAGGGUGCAGGUUCAGUGGUGCAUCUUUGUUGGCUUGAUUUGGGAGCUGAGAAGACAUUGGAGUUUAUGACUUCGUGUCAGAGAAUCGUGAAUAAUUGGUUGAUCAUGCAUUCAUUUACAGUGGGAUGUCAAGACAUAGCUCCACACAUCAAUUUGGUAGCUGAAACUGAAAAGAGAAGUAAGGAGCAGGAUGAGGAAUAUAUUAAAUUGUUGCAAAUCUUUUUAGAUGCCAAGAAGAUUCAAGAUAAUCGUUAUCAUCAGAAGGGUAAGAGAAUUAUGGAUUCAUUCGAAUACUCUUUCAAUAUGAAAUUGAAUAAGGUGAGAGAUGACAUCAAUUCCAAAGUCACAGAAACCAUUGAUCAAAUUCGUAAUUGCAUGUACAAGAUGAUUUGGGCCAAGAGUAAAGGAGAAGCAUCCAAUUUGGCUCAAAUUACAUCUCUAGUCGGACAACAGAACUUGGAAUCUAAGAGAAUCUAAUUUGGUUUUGCCUACAGGACCUUGCCUCAUUUCUCUAAAUUCGAUUAUGGUCCUGAAGCCAGAGGAUUUGUGGCUAGCAACUUCUUCAAAGGACUCAAACCUACUGAAUUCUUUUUCCAUACUAUGGGUGGUAGAGAUGGUCUGAUUGAUACUGCUGUCAAAACAAGUAGAACUGGGUAUAUUCAGAGGAAGUUGAUCAAAGCUGUUGAGGAUGUCUUUGUCAGAUAUGAUUCAUCUUGCAGAGAUUCAGUGGGAGCUGUCUAUCAAUUCCAUUACGGAGAAGACAAAAUGGCUGCUGAAUUUAUUGAGCAUUAGGAAAUCAAGUGUGUUAAUUUAAGCAAUGCUCAAUUGGAAGAGAAGUAUGAAUUAAUCAAGGAACAAUGGUUUGGAAGUGAAAUCAGACAGAAAUAUCAAAACAUACUAACAGAGGAUGUCAUUAAGGAUAUUGAGGAAGAUUUUGAAGGUCAAGCCUUGUUGAAGGGAGAGUUCGAUGAAAUCAAAAAGAUCAGAAAUGAAUUGCGUAGAUUAUUCUUGAUUGAUUCUGCUCCAAAAGAGGAGUUGUUCACUCAUUAUUAUUUGGUGGUAAACAUAGAGAGAAUCAUUUCAACAAUCAAAAUCAAUAAGAAAAUUAGUGACAGAGAGAAAUGUAGAUUGAAUCCUAUCUAUGUUACAUAAUAAGUUGAUGAACUCAUCUAGAAAGUUGACAAGUUGUUGAGUUACGAUUUGGAAGAAAGAAAGGAUUGCAUUAAUUUAUUUAGAACUCACUUAAAAGUGUCCUUGGCUAGCAAAGACUUAUGUUGCAGACAUAGAUUAACACCAGAGGCAUUCCAAGAAUUGAUCUCUGAAAUUAUUUAUAAACUCAAAAAGAGUAUGGCUCAUCCAGGUGAAGCUGUAGGUGCCAUUGCUGCUUAAUCUCUAGGAGAACCUACCACACAAAUGACUUUGAACACCUUCCACAAAUCUGGUGUCACUGGUGAUAAGAAUGUGACCUUGGGUGUCCCAAGAUUAUAAGAAUUGCUGGAUGCCAGUAAGAAAACCAAGACUCCCAGUUUAACCAUCUAUUUUGAUCCUCCUCUGGAAUAUGCUGAGUUGGAAUUGAAAGAUGACAAAGACAAGAAGAGCUAUUUAAAGACUGAGCAACUCGUUCAUCCUCAUAAACAAGAUGACUUUACUUAGAGUAUGUUAGUGUAAAUGCAAGGCAGAAUUCUUGGUUAGACCUUUGGACAAUACAUUAUCAAGAGUGAAAUCUAUUACUAGAGUGAUCCCAACAAUCCAUUACACAUCACCGAAGAUCAGGAAGAUAAUUUCACUGAUGGCAUUUUUGAUUAAGAUGAAGCCAAAUAUAAGUGGAUUCUCUUUUUACAUAUGGAUCAUCAAAAGAUUCUGUCCAAUUUAGAAACUUGGGAUAAAAUUAGAGAUAGCAUUCCAAAGAUCCUAGAUGAAACCUAAGUUAAAUUUGGAAUCUCCUCUCAAAAUACAAUUGUAGAUCCAGAUUCCAUGAAUCACAAGUACAUUCAAAUCAAAUACUUUCAUGAUUAUGCUGACUAGAAGAAAUUUAAGCCAGAAAGAGGAAAGGGCAAUUUCGAUGAUGAAAUUGCUUUCGAUGAAGAAAACAAAACUAAAACCUAUGUCGAUACUCCUUACACAAUUCUGAAGAGAUUGGAAGAAACCAUCAGAGGCUAUUCCUUGGGAGGUAUCAGCAAAAUUACAAGAAUUCUUCACUCCCAAAUUGAGAAACAAUUCUACAUCAACAACAAAACUGGAGGAUUCUUGAAACAAGCAAAUGUGGAUGGCAAAGGUAAAUGGAAAAUCAUUGAAAAAUACUUAGAAACAGAAGGAACCAAUCUCAAAGAAAUUCUUAGAUUGGAACACGUUGAUCAAAGAAGAACCACAACCGAUGAUGUCUAUGAAAUAUCCUAAGUGUUGGGAAUAGAAGCUGCCAGAGCUGCUCUUGUUGGUGAAACCAGAAAGAUCUUCAAUCACUAUGGUAUCUACAUCAAUUAUAGACAUCUCUAUCUAUUAUAUGACUGGAUGACUCACAGAGGCAGACUUACAGCUGUCAACAGAAAUGGUAUUAACAGAAUCCCUGAGGUGAGUGUUCUCCGUAAAAGUUCUUUCGAAGAAACAGUAGAAAUCCUCUAUGAUGCUGCUGUCUUCUCAGAAAUCGAUCACAUGAGAGGAUUGAGUGAAAACAUCAUAUUUGGAUAAUUGUGUCCCCAUGGAACUGGUUGCUUUGAACUUAUGGUCAAUGCCAAGAAUGUCAAAGAAUUCAAAUUGAAAUCCAGUCAUGCUGACAAAUUCACCCAAGGAGGUGAGUAUCUUGCUGAACAAUCUCCCUAUGAUUAAAAUCAACAAACUCCUCUCAUGCUUAACACUCCAGGACCUGGUGUUUCCCAAGGCUUCAUCGAGAACUCACCCUACACUCCAUAUCACAAAUCUCCUGCCAAUUUUGCCACUCCUUUCGGCAGAGAAUAUACUCCAAAUUCGAGUCAUUGUUCCCCAUUUUAUCCAAACACUCCUCUUAUGCCAAAUGACCCAUAUCAACUAAGUCCUGUUGGCUCAGAUUCAGGAAUACAACAAUCAGUUUAAAAAUAAGCCAAUGUCAGUGACAGUCACAGUCCUGGAUCCCCUCAUUACACCAGUCAUACUAACUCCCCAAGUCCCAGUUACAGAAGCAGCGAAAGAGCCACCUCUGGCCAAAGAUCUUCGAGUCCUAUUCUAAAUUCCUCCAGAAGUCCCAAUUAUACUAGUAGCGUAUACAAUUCGCCUCUUUCACCAACCAACACUGGAAGUCCUCGUGUUCCAACUGGAUCUCCUCAUUCACCCCAAGGUUCUAUCUUUACAACUUACAGUCCAGUCUAUCAACCAGGAGGAGGCACAGGCAAUCAAUACGAAUAAGAAUAAUGAUAAAUCAUAAUAUAAAAUAAAAUACCAUUUAUUUACAUUC